AUGGCUCGCCAUAGCAUCGAGAAGGGCCCUGCGACGCCAGAUACCGUGUGUGCUUCACCUCCGACGGAAAACGGAGGGAAAGAGAAAGACCAUGGAGACAAAUUUGACAGUCGAUCCCCACAUUCGAUUCACUCAAUCUCACACUCAGACCAAUCCACCGUCGCAGACCCUCGAGAUGUCGAGGCUGUAGAUGAUGUUUUGCGGAGAACCAUAACUCCCAAGAAACCUGUUGUUAAAGUAUCUCGGCCCAAAAGGCGAGGCCUCUUCGCCCGCUUCGCGUUGAUCGCCGAGGUCACGGAGCCCACCGAUUAUAAGAAUCGCACAAAGUGGUUCAUUACCUUUAUCGUGGCGGUUGCCGCCGCUGCGGCCCCCGUUGGGAGUGGCAUCAUAUUUCCGACUCUGGAUCAAGUGGCGUCCGACCUCAAUACAACCCCCACCACGACCAAUUUGUCGGUCGCCUUGUAUAUGCUGAGUAUGGCCAUCUUUCCGCUGUGGUGGUCUGCCUUCUCCGAGGCUUCAGGUCGUCGUACCAUUUAUAUAAUAUCCUUUGCUCUCUUUACCUUAUUUGCGGUCUUGAGCGCCGUGGCCCAUUCUGUUUCCAUGCUCGUAGUCAUGCGAAUGUUAUCUGGCGGAGCGGCAGCGUCUGUCCAGGCGGUCGGAGCGGGGACAAUAGCCGAUAUCUGGGAAUCCAGAGAGCGAGGAAGAGCCAUGGGAAUCUUCUAUCUGGGUCCCCUCUGUGGUCCCCUCCUGGCACCCAUCUUAGGAGGCAUUUUGGGGCAGCAUUGGGACUGGCGGGCGACCCAAUGGGCACUUGCCAUAUACGGAGUUUUGACCUGGAUUUUGGUGUUCUUUGCUCUGCCUGAAACCCUCAAGAUGACCGAAGAUGUGGUUGAAGAAGCCGCCGCGGACACGACGUCGUCUCCGAAUGGCAGCAUCAGGCCCCCGUUAAGCCGGACCUCGACCAGAGAAAUUGUGCAACAAAGGUCCAAAAAAUACUUGACGGUGGCGAGGAUGAUGCUGUUGGACCCACUCCGCAUCAUCUUGUACCUGAGAUUCAUGCCUGUCUUGCUGACGGUGUACUAUUCUGCGGUUACCUUCGGCUCGCUUUACGUACUCAACAUCAGCGUCCAGUACACGUUUGAAAGACGGCCGUACGGGUUUUCGACCAUCAUUAUUGGGCUUCUGUAUCUACCCAACUCCGUCGGCUACAUCCUGGCGAGCGUAUUUGGCGGCCAUUGGAUGGACAGCAUCAUGAAGCGAGAAGCGAUCAAGGCCAAUCGAGUCGACGAGGAAGGAAAAUUGGUAUUCCACCCGGAGGAUCGCAUGCGAGAAAACGCAUGGCUCGGUGCCUUGCUGUAUCCUGCAGCCUUGAUCUGGUAUGGUUGGACAGUCGAAAAGGGGGUCUUUUGGGUUGUACCUAUGAUUGCGAACUUCUUUUACGGGAUCGGUUCAAUGCUUAUUUUUGCCAUGUCGACAACGAUGUUGACCGAGUUCAUGCCUCAGAGGUCUUCAUCCGGCGUGGCUCUGAACAAUUUCUGUCGAAAUAUCUUUUCAUGUGUUGGCGGCAUUGUUGGGGCGCCAUUGAUCUCGUCGAUUGGCAAUGGCUGGCUAUUUACUAUUUUGGGACUCUGGGCCGUUUGCAGUGCCCUGGUGAUCUGGGCCAUGAAACGAUUUGGGCCGCAAUGGCGAGAAAAGCUGGACCGAGAACUGGGGUAA